AUGGAUAGGAUAUUUUACAAAUCAGACUCGUUGGACCCCUACACUGAUUUGCCCAUAUUUAUAUUCGAUACCUCGUAUCUCCCAUCCACAGAGCUCAUAAACUAUGACGCAUUCAUCCCCACCAUGAUGAAAUACCUCCCACUGGAGCCCUACGCCUUGGUGAUGUUCAACUGUGGUCUAAACAAGAUCCUGUGGGUUUGGGGAAUAAAGUUCUUAAAGCAGUUUUUGGAUGAUGAAAAGUACGACAACUUGAGCAAAUUGCUAAAGAUAUACACCGUUCAUGAUAGUUGGUUUGUGAAGUCCAUCACGCAGAUCUUCAACACCAAGAAAAAUAUCCAGUCGUUGCAGAGAAUGAUUGAUAAUUUCAGUCUAACUAAUGGACUAGACUCGAUGAUUUCGAACAGUAGUACUACAAGCUCCAAGAUCAUUCGUUGCGCAGACCUCUCGGAAUUAUCGAAGUACGUCGACAUAACCAAAUUAAAGAUAAGUUUAAACAUAUACAAGCAUAAUUUAUUGGAGAACGAUGGGAUAGGUUUGAAGCUGUCCAAUUUCGUCCCUACACUCUCGCAUGAAAGCUUCCACCAUCAUUUUUACCAGAUAUUCAGUAUUUUAAACAACUAUGCCGAUAAGGUAGAGUUGAUUUUUCAUAAGCCAGGUAAUAAGCUGAACACUGACAUACUUUUCCAGUGCAUAAAUCGUGAUCAGAGAAUAUGGAUUAAUGAUUGGGACUUGUGGUGUAUUGGAGCUACAUUCAAAAAGAUAUUGACAGACUUGCCUGAGCCAAUAAUCUCAAUAAACUCGAUAGAAUUGCCCAUACAAGACAACUUGAAAUACACUAAAACUAGCUUGAAGCAUAUAUUGAGAAGCUCGAGCCAACAGCAGGACUACUUACACUUGAUAUUGUUUCAAUUCAUAGAAUUGUGCUAUAAGAUCCUCAAUAAUUCCGAAAUUACUAAGCAUACUUCAGCAUCACUUGCAAAGAGCGUGAGUCACUGCCUCAGCCAUGAAAUGAUUCUGCUGAACAAGGACCGUAUCUCCAUUGUGAACAGAUUCUUAAAGAAUGUGUUCGAUCAUUGGGGCGAAAUCAGGACGGAACUCGUGGGCUCGUACCCCAGUGUAGAUGUGGUUGUUAGAAAGAAGGUAGAAGGAGUAAGCACAGCACAAAGUUUCAAUAGCUACGAUAUAAGCUACGAUUUAACCAUAGACAAUGAUGAGGAAGACUUGGAAUACCGUGUUGCUUUCAACACCACGAAUAUCUUGAGUGAUGACAAAAAUUUGAAAAGAAUCGAUGCCGAGAGUCGCCUAGAGUCCCCACAAUUGAAGCCUGAGCCGAAGUUGAAAACACCAGUGAAACCAGCAAUUAAGAAGAGAAGCCUGUUCUCACCUGCUAAAGUAACUCCACCAAACUUCGGUGUAAAUAGCCACGUCAAGAGCAGCAGCAUCGGUGGGAAUAUAUCCAGCUCCCAUUUGGCGGAACAGCCCACGAAUAUACCACCAAAGUCAAUAUCACCAGGCUCCUCGCAUUCAACAUCCAAGUCUAUCGGCAGCUCUUUGGAUAUUGCAAGUAGCCUUGGGAGUACAACUCCAAAAAAUGGUCAUACUGUGUCAAGGUCAAUUAGCAGUAUUGGAUCAGUAAGCACUGUCGUUCCUUCUCCGGCAGGCUCUCCUAGUUCGUCAACAGUCGGCAUUAACCACAAAUUGAAAAAGGAACCAACCUUAAAAGAUGUCUCCAACAUAACAGUACAAUACCCACCCCAGAAGUACAAGUUCCAAAAAUCACUGCCUUCCGUGCAAACCUCUUACCAAUUAGCGAAACAAUUCGAAAACGUAAAAUUAAACCAAAGUUCAGUUAAGAAACCGGUGAUAAGAGGGCGGAAGGUAGGGGAGUUGGCCAAGCUCUUCGAGGAGAGAGCAGAAGCAUUGGAGGUGUUGAGUACUAUGUAG